AUGUCUUAUGAUAUGGCUAAAACUUAUCAUACUCUUUUAAGAGAAUCAGAAGAGAUUAUUAGUCAGUUGACAAAUCAGGAAAUUGAAGAAUUUAAAGAGGCAUUUAUGUUAUUUGACAAAGAUGGUAGUGGAACUAUAUCAAUUAAAGAAUUAGGAGUUGCAAUGCGUGCUUUAGGCCAAAAUCCAACAGAGCAAGAGAUAUUAGAAAUGAUUAAUGAUAUUGACAUUGAUGGAAAUGGUGUUAUUGAAUUUCCAGAAUUUUGUGUUAUGAUGAAAAAAAUAAUGAAAGAGACAGAUGAAGAAAUGGUAAGGGAAGCAUUUAAAGUAUUUGAUAAAGAUGGUAAUGGAAUUAUUACAGUAUCAGAAUUUAAAUUUUUUAUGAUAAACAUUGGUUUACAAUUUAGUGAAGAAGAAGUUGAUGAGAUGAUUAAAGAAGUGGAUGUUGAUGGUAAUGGAUCUAUUGAUUAUGAAGAAUUUGUCAAAAUGAUAAAAAUAUUUUAG